CAACCGGACAAGGACAAGGCCAAGCAAUGGACGCCGUCAUCGACAAGGUCAAGGAGAUUGCCAUUGGCAGGGAUGAGAAGAAGGAGGACGCCGCCCCUGCUCCCGCGGCUCCUGCUGCCAACGGUGCUCCUGCCGAGAAGAAGGAAAAGAAAGUGAAGGCUCCGAAGGAGAAGAAGGUCAAGGAGGGCGAGGCUCCCAAGUACCCUCUCGAGAUGAACCCUCCUCCGGAGUACAUUCCCCAUCGUAUCCAGAUGUUCGAGGAGCUCAAGGCCAAGUACGACGAGGAAUGCAAGCACCAGCCCCGUGAGCCCAUCCUUAUCACCCUCCCCGACGGCUCUACCAAGGUCGGUACUUCCUGGGAGACCUCCCCCAUGGACAUCGCCAAGGAGAUCUCCAAGGGUUUGGCUGAGAAGGUUGUCAUUGCCGAGGUUGAUGAGGUCAUGUGGGACUUGGAGAGGCCGCUCGAGAAGUCUUGCAACUUGGUCUUGCACGACUUUGAUUCACCAAAGGGUAAGCGCGUCUUCUGGCACUCCUCCGCACACGUUCUCGGUGAGGCUGCUGAGCGUCACUACGGAUGCCACCUCUGCAUUGGUCCCCCGACCGACGAGGGUUUCUUCUACGAAAUGGCCAUUGAGGACCGUGCCGUUGCUCAGGGUGACUACCCCGCUCUCGAGUCCAUCGCUCAAUCCGCCAUCAAGGAGAAGCAGCCCUUCGAGCGUCUUAUUGUCUCCAAGGAGAACUUGUUGAAGAUGUUCUCUCACAACAAGUACAAGCAGCACAUCAUCAAGGACAAGAUUCCUGACGGUACCUCUACGACUGUCUACCGCUGCGGUCCUCUGAUCGAUUUGUGUGUUGGUCCCCACGUUCCCCACACCGGCCGUAUAAAGUCCUUCGCCGUCAUGAAGAACUCUUCUUCCUACUUCUUGGGCAAUGCCGAGAACGACUCCCUUCAGCGUAUCUACGGUAUCUCUUUCCCCGACAACAAGGCCAUGAAGGAGUACAAGGUUUUCCUCGCUGAGGCCGCUAAGCGUGAUCACCGUAAGAUCGGUAAGGAACAGGAGCUCUUCUUCUUCCACGAGCUGUCACCAGGAUCAUGCUUCUUCCUUCCUCACGGUGCCCGCAUCUACAACACUCUCCAAAACCUCAUGAAGGUUGAGUACCAGAAGCGUGGUUUCCAGGAAGUCAUGACUCCCAACAUGUACAACGUCAAGCUUUGGGAACAGUCUGGUCACUGGCAGAACUACCAGGAGAACAUGUUCUCCUUCGACGUCGAGAAGGAGCGUUUCGGUUUGAAGCCCAUGAACUGCCCUGGUCACUGUCUCAUGUUCAAGCUCCGUGACCGCUCUUACCGUGAGCUGCCACUGAGAUUGGCUGACUUCGGUGUCAUCCACCGUAACGAGUUCUCCGGUUCCUUGACCGGUUUGACCCGUGUCAGACGAUUCCAGCAGGAUGACGCCCAUAUCUUCUGUACUGUUGACCAGAUCGGACAGGAGAUCACUGCCUGUUUCGACUUCUUGAAGUGCGUCUACGGUAUCUUCGGUUUCACCUUCAAGCUUGAGCUCUCAACCCGUCCCGAGAAGUACCUCGGUGACAUCGAGACCUGGAACGCAGCUGAGAAGAAGCUUGAGGAUGCUCUUAACGCAUGGGGUGGUCCUUGGGAGUUGAACCCUGCAGAUGGUGCUUUCUACGGUCCUAAGAUCGAUAUCACUAUCUCUGACGCUCUCAAGCGUCAGCACCAGUGCGCUACUAUCCAGCUUGACUUCCAGCUUCCCCAGCGUUUUGAAUUGGAGUACCACACCGGUGCCGAGGUCAAGGAGAACGACGCCGAGAAGAGCCAGUUCGCUCGUCCUGUCAUGAUUCACCGUGCCAUCUUGGGUUCCUUGGAGCGUAUGAUCGCUAUCUUGACCGAGCAUUACGCCGGGCGCUGGCCCUUCUGGUUGUCCCCCCGCCAGGUCGCCAUCAUCCCCGUCUCCAAGUCCUUCGACGCCUACGCACAGGAAGUCCACGACAAGCUCCACGCUCACAGUUUCUUCGCCGAGACUGAUCUCUCUGGUGACACCCUCCAGAAGAAGGUCCGUAACGCCCAGUUGGCGCAGUACAACUUCAUCUUCAUCGUUGGUGCCGAGGAGGCUGAGCAGAGGAGUGUCAACGUCCGUAACCGUGAUGACCAGAACAAGCAGAGCCGUGGUGAGACAAUUGGGUUGGAUGCUGCGAUUGAGAAGUUGUUGUCAUUGAGGGAGGAGAAGAGGUUGGUCAAUGAGAUGUAA